AUGAAAUUUUAAUGCUACAGAAUUUUUUCGAUAUUUCUAUUGAUAAUUUGCUAUUUAUCAACAGUGAUUGCAAAUGAUAAUUGUAAUUUUUAUCCAAACUCCCCUUUAUAAUGUAUCUCUAAUACUAGUAUUUUUAAAUGUAUUAUAUCCAUUUCAUUUUUAGGUCAUUUUAACCUAUCAAUAGGAAAAUGCUUAGAGACUUCAUAAUAAAAUUUGGGUUGUUCACAAUAUUUGAAUAGGGAAGCUUGUAUAAAUUAAUAAACAAACAGUUAAGGUGAAAAUAUGUACUGUAAGAAAUUAUAAUAAUGAAAUAGGUGCAUUUUUUGAAAAAUGCCAAACUAUAGAUUAUGCUGAAGUNUGAGAUAGGAUUAAAAAGCUAUAAUUUUUCAUCUGAUUAUAUAUUUGAACGACAGUCCUUAACAUUAUUAGAUACAUACUCGAUAACAAAUUAUGAUCCUCAAAUUGUUGCUUACAAAAAGUUAGUUCCAACUACAACAGAAACCAUGAACUAUAUUAAAUCUAUCUAUGAUCUAACAGAUAGAAUUUAUUCCUCCACAAAAAAUCAAGAAUUAACAGAUAAAUUUUAUGAACAUCCUUUAAAUGGAGAUCUAAAUAUUAUUAAAGAUUAAAUUACUAAUUGUAAAAUUGAAAUACCUUGUAGAUGUAUUAGAUGUGAUAAAGUAAAUGUUUGCGAUCUUAGAUACAUGAGUUGCAUAUUAAAUUAAGUAUAACACCCAGAAAAUAGGAAUGGAGUCAAAACUUAUUCAGUCUCUUGUCCUUUAUGUCAUAAUCCUUUUUCACCUAAAAAAAGACAUAGGGAUCAAAGUGUUCAUGAAUAAGUUUAUGUGGAUACAAAGAUGCUCAAUUUUAUAAAUACAAUUAAGAAUUUUAAUUUUUUGAAUAAGGAAAAAUAUUAACUUUUUUUAUAAAAUAAACUUUAUCCAUCUCUGAGAUUUGAAGAAUUAGAAUCUCCAAUUUAAGAAUUAGAUUAAUUUGAUUUAAAAUUGAGAGUAAAUAUUUAAUCUAUUAAAUUUUAGUGUUUAAUAACAAAUUAGAAAUUAAGAAAUCCCAUUAGAGGUAUCUAUUGUCAGCAUCCUGAAGCCUUUGAUGAAAAUAGUCUUACUGAUUUAUGUUCUACAGGUCAAUUAGAUUUGAACUUGGCAUAAUGUCCAUAAUGUCAAUAAAGCAUUUAUAAACUGACACAUGAUAAUAUUUUGAAAGAGUUAAUAGGCUAAUUAUAAGGAGACUUUGAGGAAGUUUAAGUCUUCCCUAAACUAAAAUCAAUCAAAUAAUUAAAAUGA